AGCAGCAACAACAACAGGAGCCACAGCAGCUGGAGCCGCAAAAAUGAACUGCAGAGAGGGAAAUGACAACAGCUGCGCCUGCGGUGACAGCGAGGAGAGGAAGAUGCUAAAGUGCGUGGUGGUGGGUGACGGCGCCGUGGGGAAAACAUGUUUGCUGAUGAGCUACGCCAACGACGCCUUUCCAGAGGAGUAUGUGCCCACUGUGUUCGACCACUACGCAGUUACUGUGACAGUGGGAGGCAAGCAACACUUGCUCGGACUGUAUGACACCGCAGGACAGGAGGACUACAACCAGCUAAGACCACUCUCCUAUCCCAACACGGACGUGUUUCUGAUCUGUUUCUCUGUUGUCAAUCCUGCUUCUUACCACAAUGUCCAGGAGGAAUGGGUCCCGGAGCUGAAAGACAGCAUGCCCCAUGUGCCUUAUGUCCUCAUUGGGACCCAGAUCGACCUUCGUGAUGAUCCCAAAACCUUGGCCCGUCUGCUGUACAUGAAAGAGAAGCCCCUUACAUAUGAGCAUGGUGUGAAACUCGCAAAAGCGAUCGGAGCGCAAUGCUACUUGGAAUGCUCAGCUCUGACUCAGAAAGGUCUCAAAGCAGUUUUUGAUGAAGCAAUCCUCACCAUUUUCCACCCCAAGAAAAAGAAGAAAUGCUGCUCCAAGUGUCAAAGCGGUUGCUCUGUUGUCUGAAGUGGCCAAGACUUGCCUGCACCC